UAAAAAUAAAAAAAAUUUCUUUUAAGAAUUUAUAAAACAAAAAUAAUAAUUUUGAAAAUUCAUAAUUCAAAAAUGUGGCUACCAGAAAAAAUAUGAAAAUAAGUGUACCUUUUAUUCCCUAAGGAACGAAAAAAAAUGUCUGGCCAUCUUCAAAAGGUCGAUUGAAAUCUGACGUGAAAUCGUCCAUUUACAUAUUACAAUUUUGUGAGUAUUUAAGUAGCUAAUUUUGCUUCUUUUAUAUAAUUUAUUUUUCCUACUGUGUAAUUGGAUUUAAGGAGAGAAUGAGAAUUGCAUUAUCUUUUUGCCUUAAAAAUAUAAAAAAUCGUGAUCCGAAGUCCCAAGUGAAGUAUCCUAAUUCAUUUAAAAAUAAAAAGUCUGCGAAGAAUAAUGAUAAUGAUGACGAUGAAAAUGUUGCCAGUCUUGAUGAUGCGUGUAUAGAAAUGAGAGAAGAAUAUUACAAUAUGGAAAUGGAUAUAGGAAAACUGAAAGAUUUAUUAGUGAAAACACGUGAACAAAGGCAAAGAGAUGUGAAAACUUUAUCUGCUCAAGAAUUAUUAAUAAAAUAUACACCCUUGAACGAUAAGGAAUUGUUUAUUUGGGAGUUCGAGCAAUUAGUCCAGAUGCGCCUAAAAGACAUGCGACAAAAUUUGAUUGAUUCAACGGGAAAAAUAAACGCAAUUCUUAAAGAAAAAAUAGAAGAAACUGCAGACAUUAAUAAAAAGGUUAUUCAUGUUCUGAAACAACUACCGAAUUUGAUCAACUCAAAUACUAAAAAAGGGCAAAAACGUGAAUCUAUUUUGGAAAUGGAAUUACAGGAUAACGCACCUCCGAUGAAUAGAGCCCCGAUGCUAAUCGCAGCUGAUGUUGACGGCAACCAACUAAAGUGUUACGUAGAUUCAGAACCCUUACACUGCUCAGACCCGUUAGAAGCUGUAUUGCUAUUAAUCGGAUCCUACUAUGUCUUUAAUAUCAGCUAUGAAAAACAAUUCCAUUUGCAAUAUAUACUUUUAGAAUAUAUGAUUUUUGGAAGUAAUGCCACGCGUAUAGCUCCAGGAAAUUCUAAAUAUUUAUCCAUUUUAAACAUUAUGGAUAGAGCCAAAAUAUGUCUAGGAUAUUAUCAGAUGCCUUCAAUCUAAAAAAAGAAACAAUAAUUUUGAGGCAUGACGUUUGGCCACAUAAAUGAUCAUCAAGAUAAAAUGUUAAUAUAUUCUUAAGUAAUUUAAAUGAAUUUAAAACAUUAAUUAAGUACGUUAAAUUGAAGUUU